AUGCACAACUUCGUAGCAUUCUUCCUUUGGGCGCUGGCUGCCUGUACCCUGUGGGUAGGAUCCUUCGCGGAGGACCAGUCGGGUUACGUUUGUCUUAUAGACGAUCCCAACCCAAAACAGUGUGACAAUUUCUGUCGCACCGAACUGCUGCGUAUGCUAAAUGAAGACGCCGGGGGCAGCGGCACAGGGAACACCUGUGAUGCUAAAAUCCGGGAGAAGCUUGACAGCGUGGCGGAUCAGCAGGCUAAAUUGGAAGGACAACUACAUGGAGUGGAAGCUAAGCUGGAAGGACAACUUGAGGAGGUGCAAACCAAGCUGGAGGAUCAACAAACCAAGAUGGAGGCUAAACUGCAAGAAAGUCUGACGGUACUGAACAAGUUGGAGGACUCCCAAGCAAAACUCGAAAUCCAACUUCAGGCGAUUGUUAAUCAACUGCAAGCAGUAUCCAACAAGAUAGAUGAUGCCACGGUGGAAAUCCCGGAUUUAGUUUGGAUGGCACAACUUGGUUUCCAACGAAUCGGUACCAGAUAUUUUCGAAUUGAAACUGAAACGGAGAGUUGGGAUACUGCUAAGAGAAGGUGUCGGAUUAAUGAUCACGGUAAUGAGGGCUACUUCGUAUCUGUGGCCUCGCAAAAGCCAGCACCAUUUUUAAAGUGGGGUAAGGGAGAACCCAGCGACAGAUACCAUGAGUGGAACUGCGUCAAUACGCAUGAUGGUCAUAUGUGGGACUACAAUUGUAAUAACGAAAUAUAUUUUAUUUGCCAGGCGGACAAUGAAACUUAG